AUGGUGCAGGCCGCCUGGAGCAUGUCACUGAGCCAGAAGAGCGGGGAACUGGAGUACAUUAACAAGUACCGACAGCUCGAAGCACAGGAGUUUGACAUGCAUGGCAGUGACCACCCAGCCCGCGGGCCAGGUCCAAGGCCACCUUUGGCUAAGUCCAGCAAUGUCCCGUGCAUCCCAGAGACAACGUAUACGUACCCCGAUUUGCCUAUAAAUCGGUGUAAGGAAGAGGUGAUUUCUCUGAUAGAAAGUAACUCUGUGGUGAUCAUUCACGGCGCCACAGGCAGCGGCAAGAGCACGCAGCUGCCGCAGUACGUCCUGGACCACUGCCUCCAGCGCGGCGCCUACUGCCACAUCGCCGUCACCCAGCCGCGCAAGAUCGGGGCCAGCAGCAUGGCCCGCUGGAUCAGCAGGGAGCGCGCCUGGACGCUGGGAGGCCUGGUGGGCUACCAGGUGGGGCUGGAGAAGGUGGCCACGGAGGACACCAGGCUCAUUUAUAUGACGACCGGUGUCCUGCUGCAGAAGGUCGUCAGCGCCAAGAGCCUGGUGGCCUUCACACACAUCUUCAUCGAUGAGGUGCACGAGCGGACCGAGGAAAUGGACUUCCUGCUGCUGGUGGUCCGCAAGCUUCUGAGGACAAACUCCCGUUUUGUGAAGGUCGUCCUGAUGUCGGCCACCAUCGACUGCAGGGAGUUUGCGGACUACUUUGCGGCUCCGGUGCGGAACAGGAUGAGCCCUGCCUACGUGUUCGAGGUGGCCGGGCAGCCCCACGCCAUCGAGGAGUUCUAUCUGGGCGACCUGGAGCACGUGCCGCCCAGCAGGCUCUCCCCCCACGUCCUGGAGGAGCCGGUGAUAACGAAGGACAUGUACGAGGUCGCCGUCUCCCUGAUUCAGAUGUUUGACGACAUGGACAUGAAGGAGAGCGGGAACAAGGCCUGGGCGGGCGCCCAGCUCGCGUGGGAGCGGGGCAGUGUGCUGGUGUUUCUGCCAGGCCUGAGUGAAAUAAACUACAUGCACGAGCUCCUCACAAACAUGAUCCAGAAAAGGCUGCAGGUCUACCCCCUGCACUCGAGCGUGACUCUGGAGGAGCAGAACAACGUGUUCCUGAGCCCAGUGCCCGGCUACAGAAAGAUCAUUCUGUCCACCAACAUUGCGGAGAGCUCGGUCACCGUGCCGGACGUCAAGUACGUUAUAGACUUCUGUUUGACUAGAACUCUGGUUUGUGACGAAGACACGAAUUAUCAGAGUCUGCGCCUGAGCUGGGCUUCUAAGACCAGCUGUAACCAGAGGAAAGGCCGUGCUGGGCGCGUGUCUAAAGGCUACUGUUACCGCCUGAUACACAGGGAUUUCUGGGACAACGCCAUCCCUGACCACGUCAUUCCAGAGAUGUUGCGUUGUCCCUUGGGCAGCACGAUCUUGAAGGUGAAGCUACUGGACAUGGGGGAGCCCAGGGCCCUGCUGGCCACGGCCCUGUCCCCGCCAAGCCUUGGCGACAUCGAGCGCACCAUCCUGCUGCUGAAGGAGGUGGGCGCGCUGGCCGUCAGCGGGCAGAGGGAGGACGAGAACCCGCACGACGGCGAGCUGACCUUCCUGGGGCGAGUGCUGGCCCAGCUGCCGGUCAACGAGCAGCUCGGCAAGCUCAUCGUGCUGGGCCACGUGUUCGGGUGCCUGGACGAGUGUCUCAUCAUAGCGGCAGCGCUGUCUCUGAAGAAUUUUUUUGCGAUGCCUUUUAGGCAGCACCUGGACGGGUACAGGAACAAGGUGUAUUUCUCUGGCAAUAGUAAGAGCGACUGCAUCGCGCUGGUCGAGGCAUUUAAAACCUGGCAGUCCUGCAGGCAGAGAGGGGAGCUGCGGCACCCGAAGGAUGAACUUGACUGGGGACGGCUAAAUUACAUUCAAAUCAAGAGAAUUAGAGAGGUGGCGGAGCUGUACGAGGAGCUGAAGAGCAGGAUCUCGCAGUUCAACAUGAACGCGGGCUCCCGGCGGCCGGCCGUGGACCAGGAGUACACGCACAAGCAGCGGUUCAUCCUGCAGGUGGUGUUGGCCGGUGCUUUCUAUCCCAACUACUUCACCUUCGGGCAGCCCGACGAGGAGAUGGCGGUGCGGGAGCUGGCCGGCAAAGACCCCAAGACGACCAUCGUGCUGAAGCACACGCCGCCCUACGGCUUCCUCUACCACAAGCAGCUGCAGUCCCUCUUCCGGCAGUGCGGCCAGGUCAAGUCCAUCGUGUUCGACGGCACCAAAGCCUUCGUGGAGUUUUCCCGGAACCCGACCGAGAGGUUCAAGGUCCUGCCUGCGGUGUACAUGGCGGUGAAGAUGGCUCAGCUCAAGGUGGCCCUGGAGCUCAGCGUGCACUCGGCGGAGGAGAUCGAGGGCCGGGUGCAGGGGGGCGCCGUCUCCAGGCUCAGGAGCACCAGGGUGAACGUGGACUUCCAGAAGCAGACGGUGGACCCCGUCCAGGUGUCCUUCAGCACAACAGGCAGGUCCCGGCUGGUCCCAGACCUCUUCCUCACGGUCGACGUCACGGAGGUGGUGGAGGUGGGGCACUUCUGGGGGUACAGGAUCGACGAGAAGAACGCCGUGAUUCUGAAGAAGCUGAUGGCAGAGAUAAAGCGCCUGAAGCUGGCGCCCUUGGCCGUCCACCCGCACCCGGACCUGGUCUGCCUGGCACCUUUUGCCGACUCUGAUGAGCGCAGCUACUUCAGGGCGCAGAUACUAUACGUGUCAGGGAGUUCUGCCGAGGUGUUUUUCGUGGACUAUGGCAACAAGUCUCAUGUGGACCUGGACCUCUUAAUGGAGAUUCCCGGCCAGCUUCUCGCACUUCCGUUCCAGGCGCUGGAGUUCAAGAUCUGCAGGCUGCGCCCCUCGGCGAGGUCCCUAGUGUGCGGCGAGCACUGGAGCGGAGAGGCCAGCCGGCGCUUCGCUGCCCUGGUCAGCGGCCGCGCACUGCUCGUCAAGGUCUUCUCCGUGGUGCACAGCGUCCUGCACGUGGACCUGUACCUGUCCUCGGGGCUGCAGGACUUCGUCAACAUCAGGGAUGUGCUCAUCGAGGAGGGCCACGCCGAGCUGGCCGAGGAGUGCUACGAGUCCCGGCAAAGCCAUGAAGCUCUCAAGGGUCUCUUUUCCAAAUCAGAACACGUGACGGACAUGUGUGUGCAGUCCCCCACGAAGGACAGCGAGAAGCACCUCAUCCGGGUCUUGCUGGACAGCUUUUCCUCAAACAAGCUGGGGCCCCCAAACCACAAGGCAGUACUUCACGGGCCUUUUAACCCCUACGAGCUGAAGUGUCACAGUUUGACCAGGAUAUCCAAGUUCAGGCGCGUUUGGAUCGAGAAGGAGAGCAUCAACUCGGUGGCCAUCAGUGACAGCCCCGAGGACCUGCACCAGAGGGUGCUGGUGGCAGCCUCGCUUUCCGUCAACGCCACUGGGUCCACCAUGCUGCUGAGGGAGACGUCGCUGCUGCCGCACAUCCCUGGCCUGCCUGCCCUGCUCAGCAUGCUGUUCGCCCCGGUGAUGGAGCUCAGGGUCGACCAGGAGGGGAAGAGCUACACCGGGGUCCUCUGCGGCCUGGGGUGGAACCCGACCACCGGGGCACCCAUCCUGCCCGAGCACGACAUGGAGCUGGCCUUCGACGUGCAGUUCAGCGUGGAGGACGUGGUCGAGAUCAACAUCCUCAGGGCCGCGAUCAACAAGCUGGUGUGUGACGGGCCCAACGGGGCCAGGCACCUGGGCCCAGAACGGGUCGCGCAGCUGCAGGACAGCGUCCGCCAGAAGCUCCUGGGUUUGUUCUGUCAGCUGAAACCGAGGGCGAGAACGGUCCCUAAGUGGCCUGACAAGCCGUACGAGUGGAACCAGGUGGACCCGAAGCUGGUCAUGGAGCAGGCGGAGCGGGAGGGCGGCUGCGGCAAGAGCACCUUCCUGUACCAGCUGCACCGGCUGAUCGUGCUCAGCUCCUAG